CUCUCUUCGUGUAGAAAGUGGUUCCUGUUGUGUGGCUCAGCCGGUGAUGUGACAGCAGCAGCCUGUGUGGAGUCUGCACGGCGGAGAGGAGCUCCAGGAUGAGAAAUGAAAACAUGGAGAUCAUUCACCUGUGAUACCUGAAACUCAGAGCCACACCUGAACCAUGAAACUCGCCGCGGUGGCCUUUUACGGGUUUGCUCUGGGUCUCCUGGCGGCUGGCCUGCGGGAGCUGCUGACUGGCUCCGAGGAGAACAGAUGCAGUAUGACCUAUAUGUUUGAAUAUCCAGAGUACAGGCGUGUGGCUCUGCCUCGUCGCGUGGCCAGACUGUACCCGGCGUACGGGCUCUACCUGUACGGGGAGGGCGUGUACGCUCAGGAGACCCGGGCGCUCAAACUCACCGGUGCACCUGUGCUCUUCUUACCUGGAAACGCAGGCAGUUACAAACAAGCUCGCUCUCUUGGCUCCGUGGCCUUGAGGAAAGCCGAAAACAUGGAGGGAGGUCUUCACUUCAACGUCUUCACCGUGGAUUUCAACGAGGAGCUGGUGGCACUUUAUGGCGGCAGUUUGCUCCGACAGACACACUUCCUCCACGAGAGCAUUAAGGCCAUCCUGAGGCUCUACAAGCACCUGAAGACUCCUCCUCAGAGCGUGGUGCUGGUCGGUCACUCUAUGGGAGGAGUGGUGGCUCGAGCUCUGUUCACUUUGCCCCGCUUCAACAGCAACCUGGUCAGCCUCAUCAUCACCCAGGCCUCCCCUCACCUGGCUCCGGUCCUGGCCAUGGACCCGUACCUGCUGGAUUUCUACUCCGCGGUGAGGCAGAAGUGGGUGAACCAGGCCAAAAAGCUCAGGAACGUCACAGUUCUGUCUGUCGGGGGUGGUUACCGGGAUUACCAGGUUCGCUCCGGCCUCAUAUCCCUGCCCUGCCCUGCUGGAGACCCCAAUAAGCUGUCUCUAGUGGCGACUGCAGUCCCCAGGACAUGGGUGUCCACCGACCAUCUGUCCAUCGUUUGGUGCAAAGAGCUCGUUCUCGCUACGGUCCGGGCGUUCUUUGACCUCAUCAAUCCUGACACCCGACAGUUCACAGACGACCCUCAGAAGAAAAUGGCCGUACUGAAUCAUCACUUCAUUAGACACCCUGUCAGGAUGGUGGGAGAGAUGCAAGACAACUCCAUCUCCAUCUUAGAUUUUCCUGAAGCCUGGAGUGAAGUCAACACACUGCGUCUGGCUUACAGCACACCAAAGGAAGGACAGGUCAAAUACUUUCUGUUUGCUCUGUCCAGUCGAAGGAAAGCCUACAGCCACUUCUACUGCCGGAGCAGCAACCUGGAGAUGACCAGCUGGGUGUACGGCUGUGUGCACAAGAAUGGUUCCUCAUGCGUGCAUGCCGUUGAUCUGUCCAUGGCCACUGAGCUUCUCCCGCCAUACAAGGUUCUGGUUCUGAGUCUCAGUGACUUGUCCUCUGUCACUCACCUGGUGGUUUCAGGCUCUAAUCUUAACGGCAGACAGUUCACAGUGGAGUGUGAGUGGCAAAGACAAGAGUCUCAAACUCUGUCUGUCCCUGUGCCCCACGUCAUGUCCUUUGGUUUGACUGCCAGUGAUGUCACCGUCAACUCCUCUGGACUCCUUCACACCGUCAGCCUGCAGCACUUUCACCAGGCCUAUCAGGCGUUCAGAAUCAGUGUUGCAAGUCAGUGCAAAGUACACAAAGAAAGACUGCCCAAUGUGUACAGAAUACAUGUGCCAUGGUUUCGAGAGGACUCUUUGACCACCGUCAGUGUGCCAUCAGUGACCGAGAUCUCAGGCAUGCUCCACACAAGUCGUCUAGACAACACGUCAGGUGUCCUCCUCCAGCUCCACACUGCCCCCAACUGUCAAUACAAGGUGUCAGUGAGGACUUCAUUACCCAGAGUCCUUGGACAGAUUCUGAGGUUCUGCGGUCCCAUGGUGCCGGUGUACACAGCUGUAACUCUCCUCCUGGCCUGUGGGGGGCAGCUGUCCUUCAUCCUCGAGUCGAGGCGAGCUUCAGACAUGAGCCUCGUGGUCGGCAAAGGCCUGCAGCCGCAUAAAGUCAACCUGCCUGUUUAUAUUCUGCACAUCUUACUCAGCUGCAGCUGGUUUGAAGAAAGCUGGUCAAUGCUGUUCCUUCCUCUUAUGGAUUCCCUCCCUCUGACCACCCCUGAUACAACUUUUCACGAGGGCAUGGUUCCUGUUGAAGAGUGGCCACACCUCCUGUCUCCUCUGCUCUACAUCUUUGGGGCAGCUGUGGCUUACUGGGGGAGCACUCUACUCCGUCUGAUUAUGCGACUAGUCUCACUCAUAUUAGCUCCACUACACAGACCAUCAGUCUCUAGAGACUGUGGCACGCUGAGCCUGCGGACUCAGCUCAUCGUCAUUCUAUGUCUGGCUGUUUUGGGCGGGGUGUCUUGUGGAGCUUUGUCAGUCUGCUUUGCCUUUCUGCUCCACCUCUACAGGGUCCUGAGGCUGCAGAUGACUGAAAGAUCUUUGAGCCACAUGUUGAAUCUGGCUCCCCGGAAGCACAAAGAAGCUGAGAACGGCACAGUCGAUUCUGAAACCUUGAACAAACCUAAAGAAUGUAACGGCGCCCCCUUGCUGUCAGAGUGUGCUCUGCAGGAGGUGAGGGACGACUUACAGCUCCACCUCUGCCUGUCAGCGCUCUUCACACUGCCUGUCAUGCUCAUCGCACCGACCCUCAUCCACUGGAUCCGCAACCUGAGGUAUUCCCAUCUGUUGGAUCCUGACCCUUGCUGGCCACACCUCGUGCCUCUUAUUGUUGUAUACAUGCUGCUUAUCAACUGCAACACUUUCAAACUCAGCAACAGUAAACUCCUGCCUCUGACGUCCUGCCUCCCUCUCCCAUUGGCCAUCGCCUUGGUGACCUUCUCUCCACUCCACCUCUACAGAGUCACCUACUUCCUGAUGGCGGCGCUCGUUCCUCUGGCCUUGUGUAGUCUUCUUUGACGGUAUCUGGCUGGUCUCAGUCCACAUCUCUACCAUAACAAGCCUUUCUCUAACUCACAGCUUUGCUCUAUGAAGCUGGUUUGGGCACAUUUGUCCCGUGAAGACUCACUCCAUCCUGCUGCUGUGGAGCAGAGCCAUAGACAUACAUAGCUUGGGGAACUGUCUGCUCAAUGUUGGCGCUAAAAGCUCCAUGGUAAUUACACUAAGGUUUGCAAUGAGAGGAUGUAAUAGCCUUGGAACAUUUGGUGCGCUGAAGGAUCAACCUAAAACCAAGUUUGCCUUACUCUGUGUAUCUAUAGCUCUGCCUUCGAGGAGCAACAACUCCACAACCAGUGAUGCUACUGAUAAAAGAGGUUCAUAACAGGGUGUAACUGUUAACAACAUUUUAUUUUAUUAUAUCUUUUUAAUGCGUUACAGUGGCGUGCUCACUGCGCUGUAAACUCUUACACUGCCUCCUGCUUAGCUAAGACUUAAAGCUGUGUGUGAUCUCACCUGUCGCAGAGCCGCUACGAAACAGUGGCAGAGUCGUAUGCUCGUUCCAUAAGGAAAUCCAAAAUGAUCAUGUUUACACUCUCCCUUAUCCCCUUUAGAAACAGAGCUCUGACAAUGGAAGCUAAAUGAAGGUGUGCACGGGAAAAGGCUUUAGUGCAUUUGUAGGAACUCUUCUAUCUUACAUUUAGAAGGAGGAAAUCUGUCAUCUCUGUGUUCUCUGGGGAAGUCCGGCAUUUAAACAGGCUGUGAGUCACUGUUUUGUUCAGUCUUACUACCUGAGUGGAUCAUCAACAUGUGGCAAACACUCACUGUUUCCCUCAGGAGGUAGAGGCUGUUGCAGACUGACUGAUAUUUUUAAAGAAGAGCUGAUUUCAUUUAAAAUCUCCUUGGAGGAACUUUGAGUUUAGGUCAGUUUUGGCGCCCCCUGUGAACAAAGCAGUACCUUAACUCUUUAAUGAUCCUGUCUGGUACAAACCUGAGUCGUGCUUUCUGGUGAAACAUCUCAUCCUGCUUUAUUGUAACAGACAAACAGAAGGCUAUUGUGGCAGGGUGUCGUUUCACUUAGUCUGAUACCUACCCGGCCGCAGCUUUUAAAGGGGUUACAAGAGAACACUUGAGCUUUUGUAGUCUGCUCCUUACCCCGUGUAAAACUCCUCACUGGAGCUUUAAAAGGGAAAUUCACCUGAAUUUUCUCAGUCCACGGCUUGACUUACCUUUACUGAAGAUUAUUCAACAUUAUUAUAUAGUCAAGAUCAAUGAAAGCAUUAGUGGAUAUUUUUACAGCUGUAAAGUUUGUAACGUGCUGACAAACAGUGCUGUAAACUACGGAGUAUGAGCUCACUAUGAUGCGCACCAAUCUAAAUUAACCCAGCCGUUGUUUUCUGCUCUUUAUCUUCUGUAAAACAUUUACAAUUCUCAUAUCCAGGAUUACCUGACAACACAAACACUGAUACCGUUGUAGGCUCCUCCCUGUGGAUAAAUCCAACACACCCCUGUGGUCGAGCUCACACAGACCUGGAGCUUCUUUGAAAUAAGCACUUCAUCGUCUUGUGUCUUGAAAUAAUUGUCCAAUAUUUCCUUAAAGAAAUGAUUCAGGAACAGAAAGAGGAAUUUGAACACAAGUUUGUGUUGUGCAUGUUCACAGCCUUAAGUGUCCAUUUAAUAUAAUUAACUCAAUACUCAGUUUUUGCCCUUUUCACUAUUCUUAAUGAUGUCCUGCUCUGUUAACACAAACACAUAACUCACUCAGUUUUAAAGAGAACUGUAAAAUCAGACACCUGAAUCUCUGUCAAUGGAACUCAAAAUGUGGUAUGCAAGUCCAAAUUAAGAGCUUCACAGUCGCACAAUUUCUUCUUCUUCUUCUUCCUGGUAGGAUGUUUAGGGUGAAAUAUCACUGCUGCUGUUUUCUGGCUGAAGAAGCAUGCUGUUGAAUUUUAUAUUUUCUGAAUCUUGUUGCGAUUUAAUAAGUCUGUUUUGUUUUCUGGCAUCAAAGCUGUAAAAGUUCUGAACAUUCAGUUACACAGAGUUACACAAAGAAAGGCGAAUAGACACAUUUCCUCAGAUUAAAAUGCUAAAUGUAUUUUUCCACACUAUAAAGAUGAUGUGUGAUUACAUAAGAAUUGGAGGGGUACAGACUUUGUGUUGGAGCAUCUCUAAUCUGCAGAGGCAUGCCGCCAACAUUAUUUAUAAUUAUCCUCAAAUUAGAGUUCAGCACACAUUAAAUACCUAGAAAUCACACAGUUAAAACAUGUGUAAUAGUUAGGAUGAUUCAUGUUUGACAUGUGAAGCUUUUGAACUGGGGAUUUCUGUUUCCACACUUUCCUCCAACCCUCAGUAUGACUUGUUUUCCCUGCUGUGUCAUGUGAGGUGUGCGGCAGUGAGGUUGAAAUGACAGCUCGGUUGAAUAUCUUGGUUUCUGUUCUUGUUGACAAUGUUUUUCUCUUCAUCUGUUUGCACAUACACUGACACCUCUCAGCCAUUAGAGUUUCAUGACUCAUCUUUUGGAUGAUUUUCAGUAUCUGUGGGUAACACUGUAGGCGAUUAAGAUUGAUUUGCACCAGAGUUUUUUCUAAAUGUUUUAUUUUUCUGUUUCUGAUUCUGUGUUCAGAAAUGUGUCUUAUGCUUUGUCUUACAUCCUCCUGCUGUUGCUCACGCCCCCUCAUGUCAGUGACGCAGCUGCUGUGCCUUUCUGCUCUCUCAUGUAUGCAGCAGUGUUUCUGUUUCAUACCUGCCUGUCAGCUGGAAACCGUUCAGCCCUCAGCAGCAGUGUCUUUGCUCUAUGCUGUGAAUGUAAGUGUACUUCACUGGUUCUGUGUGAGUGUGUCUUUUCACAGAGUAUUCCUCAAAUACAGUAGUGACAUUUUAAAUGAGUGUGACUUUAUGAUAACAAGAGAGAACUCAUUGGGGACCAAGCCUCGUCGCCAAGUAGGCAUACAAUCAUUUGUCAUCGUGCUCAGCAAAGCCCAACAUGAAUGUACCUACGCUGAAUGUCUCUACCUGUGUUUGACUUUACACUGUUACUAGUGCUGUAAGUGAUCCGUGCACUCGUCUGUGUGGUGCAGUUUUAGUGCUUUGAAAUGCACAUCGUCUGCCUCGUGGUGAUUUUGGUGGCACACACUACUUUGUAGAACAAAUCAGUAGAGAUGAGUUUUUUUGUUUUUUUAUAUAAUAUUAAUGUGAUUUAUAUCGGUGUUCACUGUGACGAUGUCGUAGUACAAGUUUUACACAUGAAGGUUUCCUCUUUCCAAAAUGGAAAAUCAACACGUGGGGAAAAUGUGAUUUUUAGUAGUCGGCUUUUAAGAUGAUGCUCUUUGUGUUUUGUUUCAUCGGAAUUGGUUUGAAAACAUUCAAAUUAGAUUGAAAGUAUGAAUAGAAUUAAAUUCAACAUGUCAUCAACACCCAAUCAUAAAUACUGCCAUUAUGAAAACCGGUAUGGACUGUGAUCCUGUUUCUUUUCUUUGUUUUAUUUCGGGCUGUAGAGCUUUUAAACAUUUGUGCGUUAUCUGGCAGCAAAGAACGGGGGGAAAGAAAGUGAAGUCAUCAGUUUUCCAAUCUUAAAACAUGUUGGUAUUGCUCUCUUUGUUGUGAUGCUUUUGGAUCAGGUCAAACAAUGUUUUUUUGGAAAAUUUCCAUUUCAGUCUAAUUUAAAGGGUGGGAACCUGAUUCAUCACAAAUAAUUUCCUUGACUAGUUCUUUAUCUUCUUUUAAAUGUAUUUUAGGAAUUAAUCAAAACACAAUAACAAUCUAGCAUCUUCCAAACACACUGUUUGAUAAGUACGUGUCCGCUUUGUAAAUGCUGAGCAGCUGCCCAAAACUUGAGCUGCAUUUUUUUAAAUAAUCGACCAUAAAAAAAAAACUCUCCACCCACCAAAAGUUGCAGAGUGAAACCAAAUGCUCUUUUUUAAAACAGAAACAUUUGCUUUUGUGCUUCUGCUCCUUGUACAGGAAGUUUUUCCCCAUGAUGUCAUAAAUAUGUUCUAAUGUUUCAAGCACACAUCUUACAUUUAGGUAAACUGUACAAUAACACCAUAUGACAAACACACUACAAGUGAGUUCAGUUUUUAAAAAAAUCUGAUCCCUGCUGAGAAGCAUUAAUAGACUUUAUCGUUUUCAGACUGGUACUUAGUGUUCAUUUGCAGUCAUAAAAAGGGAUUGAAUCUGACUUUUUCAUUGUUUUUCUGGUGAUAUGGAAGUAAUACUUAUAUUAUACGUAACUAAUGUCAAAGUGCUUUAAAGUCUGGUUAACCUAUCAGUUACUUUUAUCCUGCUUCUGCCUAGAGUGACUUUUAAACCCUGUAACCUCCUGCUAGCCGGCCCUUGUGCAGAACUAGUUAUUCCUUGCUCAAAGCUGUACCAUGCAGUUAGCUGAAGGGAGUGAAAAUACAUCACACGUCUGAGGGAUGAUCUGUUUUAUUUAUAUUGUGUGGUGAGGCUCUAGUGUGGAAGAGUAUGUUCUCCUCAGGUUAAAGUAUAAAUGUGUCAAAACUGAUUGUGUCGAUGUUUUUAUAUUUUUCACAUUUUUAACUGAUGUCAUUGUAAAUGGGCAAACUGUGCAAUUUUUGGCACCAUUGUUGUUGCAAUAAAAACAAGAAAAUA